UUUCACAGAUGCAUGAUGAAUGCGCUUAGUGUGCCGAAAUACAGCUGGCAGCUGUGAGUGAUUUAUUGGACUGAGCAGAGGAAAGAAAAAAACGGUUUCAGGAAUAGUGAAAACGUGUCGAUCCCUGGGACAGGAUGAACGCCAUCCUGGUGGCAAUCGUGUGCUUUGUCGCUUUGAAGGAACAUGCUCGGGCUCAGCCAAAUGUUUUUGAAGCUGGUUUAGCUGUUUUCGCCUCGGCCGUUGCAAAAGGGAAGAAAAUAAUUGAUCAUGGGGUUAGCCUGCAAUCCGAGCGGCAGCAAAAUAUUGACUUUUUUGGAUUGAAGUUUGGCACGAACAAUGGUGUAAACACUGGAUUUGGGGAAGCGGUCGAAGAAAAAACAAUGAGUAGUGCUGAAGAUGACCUAACGAGAAGGAAAAGGUCUCCGAUGCUGGUAGAAACGUACAACCCGACUGGUCUACUGCCAAACUCCGCUAUAGGCAGCAAUGUAAAUUUCGUAACAAUCAACUCGGUUGUCAGUGUGAACCAUUAUGGUUUACCGGCUGAAGUUAGCACUGCACCUCCGGCGGAACGAAGGAAACGUUUGACUGCUGGUGAAAGAUCUUUGAAAGUGAUUUUUAUUGCGAAAGAAUACCACGACUAUCCACAAGGUCUUGCAAAGCUUGAAAAUAAUUUGGUGGAUACUCCGUUGAUUCGCAACAGAAGAUCUGGGGAACCAAAAUCCUUCAAACUAGAAAGCAAUCGUACAAUCAAGGGGAAAGGACGGAACUCUAAGACACGAGGCAAAAGGCUACUUUAUUCCCUAAACAGUGGAGUGACACCAAAUCAUUCAGAUGGGUUUCAACACAAAUAUAAGCGUUCACCGCAGGAAAGUACAACGCUCCCGGGACCACCGGUAACUUCAACCGAUCAACCGGUUGGUGAUCGUCCGCAAAAUUUUCCACCACCAAGGGACGGAGGUCAUCGAGGUGGUCGUGGACGGGGUCUUCCUCCCAGUGGCUGUCGUGGAGAGGGACCACCACCUCCACCUGGAGAAGAAGACGCAGGAAAAGAUACCGCAGAGGCAGAAUCUGCAGGGGAUUAUGUUGCAAAACAAAAACGCGGAAUAAAUAGCGCAAAAGGUGGAGCGAACAGUGUUGGUUCGGGAUCUGAGGCUAUAACCAGUUCUAACGACACCGAUAAUUCUGGAUCAAGUGAAUCUAAGUACUCUAGUGAGAAACCCGAAGGGGAUGUGUCAGCAAGUCAGGAAAAUGAAACUCCAGUAAAUGAAGCUUCAAAUAACACGCAACAUCUGCCGAGAAGUAAGCGUUCACCAUGUGGAGCAGGUCGGGUUCGGACGAUGACCACAGCUGCUUCAAUCAGAAUCAGGAGAGAAGUAUCUUCGGACGAAGCAGCCGAUAAAGCUGCUUCGUGGUUUUCCUCGAUAGUAGAUGUUAUUGUCAACUCGGCUAAAAAGGUGGUGGAAGCAACGAGGAGAGUCUUUGGUUCGAAUGACGGAUUAGGUGGCCCUAUGAACGAUGCAGAAACUAUGGCUUGAUUCUAUUUAAAAAAUUCAUUGAAUUAAAUUAAAUCAUUAGUUAAUUUUUCGAGUUGUUAUAAUCUUUAGAUUAGACAAGAUAAAAACUUUACUUAUUUUUUGAUGAAUCAAAUGAAACGGUCAAUGAA